GUUAUUUAAAGGGCCAGGAUGAAACAGUCUCCACUCCUCUUUCACCAUGCGGGGUCUGCUUGUUUGCUGCUUUGUGGCUUUGGCUGCAAGCCAAAACCUACGAUAUGAUAUCUCCCUGAAUCCAAAGAAAACCUAUGAGUACAAAUACGAAGGAGAAGUGAACUUUGGACUUGGCAAGCCAAAUCUGGCAGAGUCCGGGGUGCGAAUCAUCUGCAAGGCCACGAUCAAAGGUGUCUCUGAACAAACAUUCCUGCUUCAGGUCUCAGAGUUGUCAUUUGCUGAGUAUAACGGACUUGCAGACGAAAAUGGCUACAAUCCUUCCCCAAAAGUUAUUAAACGUCUUGCUGCUGAGCUUGCCAAACCAUUCAUUUUUGAGCAUGCCAAUGGACAUGUUGGUGACAUUCGCGCAUCUGCAGAGGUUUCCACAGCAGUUGUCAACAUUGUUAGAGGGAUACUUGGUUUUUUCCAAGUGACUGUGAAGACAACACAGAACAUCUAUGAGCUGGAAGAGACUGGAAUCCAUGGCAAGUGUCAGAGUAACUACGCUAUUGAAGAAAAUGAGGAAACAAAGGACUGGGUCAUUACUCAGGUUGUGGAUGUGAAUAACUGCAAGGAAAAGGCAGCAAUGUACAGAGGAAUGGCAACUUCUGUGGUGGAUAAACUUUCCAAAGAGAGAGGAGACUCUGUCAUUUCAAUCAUGAGAUAUAAUUACACCAUCAAACCAACAGCAGAGGGAGGUCUCAUCACCAGAGCUCACGGGCUAGAGCGACAGCACUUCAGUCCCUUCAAUGUGAAGGGUGGGAGUUUCAAGAUGCAAGCAAUGAAGAACUUGAUCCUGCUGAGUGUGAGCGAUUUGGCUAGAGCAAGCACUUAUGGCCCAUUGGAAAGCAAAGGCAAUAUUGUUUACAAGUUUGAGGAUGAAGAUAUUAAUAUUCCAAUCCUGAUGCAGAACCUGGAUAACCCAGUACCAAAGGCUAUUGAAUUGAUCAAGCGGUUGGCUGAGGCAAAUAGUGAAAGCAUUGACAGUAACACCACUGAGGACUCUAUUAAGGUGUACCAGCUCAUGAGAGUCAUUCCUUAUGAAGGACUCGAAAGCAUGUGGAAGCAACUAGCAGACAAUCCCAUGUACAGGCGAUGGAUUUUGGACUGCACCGUUGAAGUUGGUGAUGCCAAAGUACUGAACUUCUUGGAGGCCAGGUUUAAGGAAAAAGAUUUGACUCCUGUUGAAGCUUGGCAAACCCUCUUGCUGGCCUUUCAUCAUGUUGAAGUCACUCCUGAGCUUGUUGAGAUGGCAAAAGUGUUCCUGAAACUGCCCUUCAGUAGAUCAAACACUUAUCUGUGGCAGACGGUGGCACUUUCCUAUGGCUCUCUAGUGAAUAAAUACUGUGCAAGUUAUACACCAUGUCCAGUAACUGCUGUGCAGCCCCUGCUGGACAUGGCAACAGAGGCUCUGAGGAGUGGGAACAAAGAGGAAAUGGUUGUCGCUCUGAAAGCUCUGGGCAACGCUGGGCACCCUGGGAGCAUGAAAACCAUCAUGCGUUACCUUCCUGGAGUGGCUGCCACUCCAGUGGAUCUGCCUCUUUGGGUUCAGAGUGCAGCUGUCAAUGCUAUGAGACUGAUUACCACCAGAGAUCCUCACAAGGUCCAAGAAGUCACCAUGGCCCUGUUCCUGCAGAAAGACCUUCCUUCUGAGAUUCGCAUGCUGGCCUUCAGGAUCCUUUUUGACACUAAGCCUUCGAUGGCUCUUGUGUCGGCAGUGACAGCUCAUCUGCUGGAAGAAAGAGACCUUCAGGUUGCUAGUUUUGCAUACUCUUACUUGGAAGGUUUUGCCAAAUCCAGGACUCCAGACAAUCACUACCUCUCGAUUGCCUCUAGUUUGGCUGUGAAAAUUCUUGCCCCAAGACUUGGCCGUCUCAGCUACUACCACAGCAAAGCAAAGCACGUUGACUGGUUUGACGAUGGGUGGCUAGCCGGCUUGUCAUCAGAAUUUUUCAUGCUAAGAAAUGUGAACAACAUCAUUCCCUCUGAGAUAAUGGCAAAAGAUAAACUUCACUUCAUUGGUAGGAUUAUCGAGCUCAUGGAGUUGGGUAUCCGUGCAGAGGGAAUAAAGGAUCUGUUUGGAGCUGGCAUUCCUGGAUUUAAAGGAGACUUUAGUAUGAAUGAUCUUAUGGCUAUUUUCAGUGUGCUUCAAAAGUGGGAGACUAUGGAAGAUGACAAGCCAGUGCUUUCAGUUUAUUCACGUGUCUCAGGGCAAGAGUGGUUCUUCGCCGACAUGAGCAAAGAGACUAUUCGGAAUAUCAUCACAGCCUUGAGUCCCGCUUCAUGGAAAUCAAGCCCUCUGCAGGCUAUGAUUGAGAGCUUACAGAGAGGAAUCUCAUGGGACUUCACACGGCCAUUUUUGAUCUGGGAGGCUCGGUACAUUCAGGCUACAACCCUGGGUCUUCCAGUGGAGAUCAGCAAAUAUUACAACUCCAUCACUGCAAUCAAUUUUAAUGCUAAAGUUGCAGUUAACCCUCCACCUACUGAAAGCCUUCUACAGCUUUUGAACUCUGAAAUGAUACUGGAGACAGAUGGAUUUGCUGGUGUCACCAAAGACUUUUGGGUUUUCUACGGGAUCAACACAAAGCUCUUCCAGAGUGGCUCGGAGUUAAAGACUAAGAAUCCCACUGCUGUUCCAUGGAAGUUAUCUGCCAAGAUAAACAUACCGGAAAUGAAAUUUGAGCUAGACUUUCCCCCUUGCAAAGAGGAGCUACAACUUUUUUCAAUUAGGUCAGAUUUGUUUGCAGUGUCCAGGAACAUUGAAGAGCCAGAUUCGGCCAAAAUGACCUCGAUAAUACCCCCAUCUGAUGACCCCAGGGAUGACGUCCUGAAACCCAACACGUGGCAUCCUUCUUCCAGAAUCUGCUAUAAGUGCCCCGUCUCUGGAAUGGGUCUCUGCAUGGAGUACGAACUGAAGAGACAGUAUUAUUAUGAGGAAUAUCCCUUGUACUAUGUCCUUGGAUACAGCAACAUGGCAUUGAAAAUGGUUCCAGCCCAGACAAUGAAAGCUGUUGACAAAAUCCACUUUGAGCUUGACGCUGGUCCCAGCAGACAUCCAGAGAGUGCGCACCAACUGCUCGCGACUCUGAGGCUUUCCAAGGCCCAGAACUCAACAACUGAAGCUGUCUUGAACUUCAAAGCUUUUGCCAUUAGUGAGAACCAGAAGCCUGAGGGUUACGAAGCAGCUAUGUACUAUACACCCGAGGCAAGCAUUCAAAAUGCCCAGCUAAUUGUGUCCCAAGUCGGAGCAAACACCAACUGGAAGAUGUGUGUCGAUACCAGGCUGGAUGCAGAGGCAAAGGUACAUGUUAGAUGGGGCGCUGAGUGUCAGACCUAUGACGUGUCCAUGAAAGCCAGUGCUGCAUAUCUCAACGGUUCCAAGCCAGAAGUCAAGGCCAAAGUGCAAUGGAACAGCGUUUCAGAAUACAUGGCUGAGAUUGGCAGAAGAAUUGAACGCUACAUCCCUGGUAUGGCGUUCCUUUAUGGAUUCUCCCAGGAAAAUGAGAGAAAUCCAGAGAAGGAAGUGUCUGCAACAGUCGUUGCUGCCUGGACAGACAGCAUUGAUGUGAAGAUUAAACUCCCCGAGUAUACAGUGUACAGCCGGGCUAUGUCGUUUCCAGUCCCAUGGAGUAGCCAGUGGCCUCAUAACACGACAAACUCAACAUUAUAUUGAAUUUACACAAGCAUAAAAACAUAUUCUGUUUUUGUUGCAGAAAAACUGCAGAACCCAGAUGGCAGCCAGAUGUCUGAUGUGCCACUGUGGACAAACAACGUCAGCCAAUAUGCAAUGAAAGCCAGCAUCCUAAAGCGUAUUAUCAGUCCGUCAGAUGUCACCGGUUUUUAAAUGAUCAACUGGGGUUUGGAUUACAGAGCACGUUAGUGAAGAAUAUUGGUGUAAAUGUUUUCCUGUGAGUACAUACAUUGUACUCGAUCUAGAAAAUAAAGUUACUAAUAAAAAAAACAUAGAGCAACAA